UCAUAUUUCACUAUAAAUAAUCAGUAUGGUUUGUUACGUCAAAAACCCAAAUUCAAGUUAAUCCCAAACAGUUUAUGGCAUCCAAAAUUAUGUGCAGAAAUCAACAGUAGACCAAACCAAACCGACAUGUACCCAAAUAACAUCUUUAUAUGGAAGAUAUUUUUGUUGCCAUUCCGCAAAGGGGGAUAAAACACAAUCACCUGCAAUGGAGCAAAUCUUCAUGAUCGAAGUGUUCGUCAAAAGAAUCGUCUUAAAGAUAGAACCACCUGUAAAAGAUGAAUGGGAACUGCAGCAGGAAGAGGAGGAGAGAAAGAGGGAAGCAGAACGGCUUGCUGCUCUAGAAGCACUUCUCAAAGGAAAAAAGGGCAAAAAAGGCAAAAAAGGGGGAGCUAAAAAGGCAAAGGGGAAAAAAGGCAAGAAAGGUAAAAAAGGCAAGGAACCACCCGCACCGAGUGAAGAAGAACUGAAGUAUAUGCAAACAUGCACUAUGCAGAUGAACUGCCUGCCCCUCUUCGAUUUUUACGUUGCACAUGACAACUUCGUAGCGCCACCACCACCCGCUCCUCCUCCAAAAAAAGGCAAAAAAGGUAAAAAAGCGAAACCAAAGAAAAAGAAAGGUAAGAAAGGCAAAGGAAAAGGAGUUUUGCCAGUAAAGCUUCAGUUACCAUCCGAACCAUUGCCACAACCACCUUACUUCGGGGUUGGUAAUUCAGUCAUGUUUUUGUCGAGACCUUCAAAGUUAGCAGAAAUAUUGAAGAAGACCCCAAUCUACGUUACUGUGUGGAACAGAGAUCAAGAGAUGGGCUGUACAGGGUUCUCCAUAGUACAUUGGCACGAAUCAUUUUUCGAAUGCCUUAAAAAAGCCGAAGACUUAAAUCCCGUGAACUAUGAUCAAGCAGAAUAUCGAGAUACAAGUAAACCAGAGAUGGUCACUAAUACUGUAGAAAUGGUUCGACCGUUGCAGUGUGAGGAAGAUUUAAAGGCAUCAGGUGAAAUCGAAUUUUACUUACGACUAACGUGUUUAGGUAAUAGAGUGGUCAGUUCAUUUGUGGCGCUGCCUGAGAUGGAACGCAUACCUGGACGAAAGUACCUCUGUGAUGACUUGCAACUCAAGGAUAUUGAAGUAGUGAGACACUGGGAAGGUACUAUGAUAGAAGAAGUGCCACCAGUAGCUUACUUCUUUAGCGCUCCAGACAUCACUAGAGAACCAAUAAAACCAGUUGAGGAGAUUGUGCAAUAUGAAGAAUUCGUUGCUCCAUUUACUCGAAGUGAGCUGGCGAUCUUAUCCAUGGGCUUUCCAAAGGGACCUUGCGGUGGUACUAACUGUCCGAAGAGAAUGGAGUAUAGAGGCAGUCAGCAUCAAUUUAUUCCAGGAGAAAUGGUGAAAGGGAAGUACCAGCAUGGUCAGUUUGUCAAUAAGCGAGAUGUGCAUGGUCCAUGUGGUCGUCUAGACUGUCCGCUGGCUAAGAAAGUUCGUGCUUACCUUUGUGAUGAGGGCGCUUAUAAAACAUGCAGGAAGCCUUGUAGCAAAGACUACUAUUAGUGAUGAUACGCAUUUACAACCUAAAUUAGUUUCAUAGAUGACAUUAAAAUUUAAUACAGACAAGACAAUAGCAGAUGAAACAACAUAAUCAUAGUAAAUCGUUUGUCCAGAUCCAUAUAUUUUUUGUA